UGGAGUAGUUGUUACAGUGUUUAGUUUCUUGCAAAAUGUUCAGCCCUCCGUUCAACAAGAUUAUGGCGCCAAAAAGGUGCAUUAAGCAGAAAACGCGCUUUUAAAUUAAAUCGAGGAGGUAAUAAGUAUUUUUUAAUUUCCAUUAUGAGCAGCGCAGAGGAGGAUUUGGCCAGUGAAGUUUCAUCGAGAAUAAAUUCCCCAGGAGCAGAAACACAAUACUGUGACACUAGAACAAGCUCAGGAAGUUCUGAGACACCCAGCACACUGAACGGAAGUGCCCGGGUCAGACGGAAGCAGAGAAAUGCCUUGAAGGAAGUGGCAAUCAUGAUCCUGCCAGAGGAAAAGCUGGCACAGGCUGAACAGAGAGCGAGGAUGCACUCUGCUAAUGGGGAGGAGGUGCCUGCUGUACAAGAACUGAUGCGUUGUCUGGCCUUGGCAAGGAUCAGUUUUGGGGACUUCCACUGGCGGAUGGCUCAUGCCCAUAUCAACCUAGCAAAAGGCUACCUGGACCUUAAAGGACAGGCUCUGCAAGCCAAACAGCACUGCGAAAAGGCCAAAGACAUCAUGUAUGCCAACACUCAGCUUCCAGCAUUUGAGGAGGAGAGGAGGGAGAUCCUCCGUUGUUUGAUCACCAUGUUCCUCACACUGGGCAAAGCUCUACUGGAACUUGAGAAUCUAAAAGAGGCUGAGCAGAGUUUGCUGAAGUCAGAGAAGGUUGCGGACGAGCUUCGCCGAGCAGAGGAGGUGAUGCAGGAAGAGAUGAGACAAGUGGACACCAAAAUUAACUUGGCCUUAGGAAGGCUCCACAUGAAGGAGAGCAGGUGGAACAAGGCUGUGGCAUCUUACCAAAAAGCACUUGGGUUGGUGCAACUUGACAAGGGUGAAAAGAGCAUGGAGUGCGUCUCCAUCUAUCAGGACUUGGCAGCUGCAGAGUUGGCCGGAGGUGGCCACGACAUGAGGGUGCAGUACCUCUUGCAGGCUCAUUCCAUAGUGCUGACUAAUGCUCCUUCUGGAGAAGAGGAAGGAAAAAUAACUCUCGCUCUAGCAGAGGCCUACACUUCAACUGGCAGAGCUGAGGAUCACGAUAUAGCAGAGCAGUACUAUCAACAGAGCCUGCAGUGUUAUCAGGCAGCUAUGGGGCCGGAACAUCCUUCAUCGCUCUCCGUCCUGGACAGUUACAGUCGUUUUCUGAUACUGACCAAAAAUUAUCUGGGUGCUUCAAAGUUGCUUCAGGAAUCCCUCCCAGCCAAGCUUUCUACCUUUGGAGAUUUCAGCGCAGAGGUGGAGGAGACGUAUCGCCUGUUUGGAGGAAUAGAGUUAGCACAGGGACAUCAGAAAGCAGCCUUCAAAAAGUUCAAAAGAUGCCUGGAAAUUCAGACCUUUCUGUAUGGCUCACAGCACAAAAAGACCAGAGCGACUCAGCAAACAGUCCAACUCUUGUCCAAGUCUCCAGAACUGGCACUGGCAGAAGGGCGGACUGGAACAGAUCACUUAAAGCAGAGACCUCUGUUUUGCGCGGUGUUACCAAAACGUAGUAUCUCAGGAGGUACCAAAGGAAAUGUAUAUAACUGACUUGAUGUAUCACUCUCGC